AUGCAUGCUGCCGCUUCAGAUCCCAUUCCUCAGGUACUCACAUUCACCUGGCCUAUGAUGAUCUGGGGUCCUGGGCUGUAUGCUGCUUACUACGAAGACACACGGAACAUUCUUGCGAAGCGUUCCAGCUCUAUCGGAUGGGCUCGUCUACAGCACCGUCCUCCGGAGAUAGAUGCCUUUCCACUAUCGAAACACGCACUUCAUCGCGGGGCCCCUGGUCGCCAUCCAACACCAAAGCGACGAAUCAUCCACCCAUUCUUCCCGUCUCCUGCGCCUUCGCUCGAUGCCCAACGUCUCAGCUAG